CAAAGGCACAGCUCAGAGGGCGGGGCGCGGAGCGGAGGAGUAUUUCUGCCUUAUUAUCAAGGCGGGAGACGGCCUCUGGGGACAAGAUGGCCCAGUGUAGGGACAAGGCUCCGUGCCCCACUCAGUGUGACCCCACGCUCCAGUCAACAGGUAACACCAACUGGGACUCCUAUGCCACCACAAUGAAGACAGCGUUCACACCUAAAACGGGAGUGGUGCCCAGUUUAAUACGUCCAAAGAGCAUCCGAAGAUUAGGAUAUACCUACUCGCUUGGUGAUCCUAUUCUGAAUCAGACACAUUACAAUGAAGAAUAUUCCUGGAAAACAUAUGCUAAAGAAAAGAUGAUAAAAAGCGGGACUUCGAGAGGAAUAAGGACCCACAAGGCUCAUCUCGGUCAAGAAUUCUUCCAGUGGACACUCCCCAAAGGGAAACCAGCCCACCCCCUCCCUUGGAUAGAGGCUCCAUCCAUGGAAAAAGUCCGGGAGGCGAUAGCAAAUCAGUUUGUUUCCCAUACCAAGAGGGACUUCGUGGACAUGGCUCAAGCUAAGAAGACCAUGAAAAAGUUUCCCACGUCCCUGGACUGGAAAGCGUUUCUUCCCCGACCUCUGGACACCGAAUUCCGGCACCAUUACCAAAUUCCAGCUAAGAUCCCUGAGUUGCAGGAUUUUAGUUUCAAAUAUGGAUGCUACUCAGGCCUGCCUGUUGCUUCUCAGGGUCUGGUGCCCUCGGUACUGCACAGCUACAUCCGGAACCAGGAGCGCACAAAGCAGCAGACCACGUAUGAGAACGACUACGGGAAAAACUGCCUGGACUUCUUGAUGAUCUUAGACUCAUUCAGCCCCUCCCAAGUCAGCAGGUACCUGGAAAGUGUUUCCAACAAAGACAGGCAAAUUCUGGAUCGCUUCAUCCGUUCUCAUUGUGAUGCCAAUCAGGGGGCAAACGAGAAAGGAAAACGGAGUUGCUCAAAGAGACCCUGAGGCCAGCGACGUGGCCAGCCCCACCCAGUCGUCUCCUAACCAUCAAGGAGAAACAGGUGAAGUCGCUCCAAGUGCAUUGCGGUGGUAUGAAUGUGUAUGUUCUGCUGUGUUCUGUUUUCAAAUGAAACCAAUUAAAGUUCUAGCUGUGUCCCAUA